CUGCCUGCCGCCUCUCCCACAGAACUGAGGACGAAGCAACUUCUCGCAGCUCCUCUCUCUCUCUCUCUGUCUUUGGGCUCAACGAUCUCAGCUUGUAUUCUGCCGCCAAACGUCAGCUUUCUGAGUUUUUAUGGGGUGCAUGGAGAGGUAUCGCUUCUGACUUAGGGGGACCUUCCACUCUCUGGAAAUCUUUCAAACUGGGUAUUCUUACUGCCCCGCCACCCCAGAUUCUUCUGAUUACACGCCGCGGGGAAACUGGAGAUGGCUGCCUCAUCAUUGACACUGUCGCUGUCUCUUCUCAUCUUUACGAUCACAAAUGCCUUCGCUGCUGAUGCGGAAGAACGGCUAGUUAAUUACCUCCUGAGUGCAGAAAAUUAUAACAAACUCAUUAGACCGGCAGUAAACAAAAGCCAGCUAGUGACAAUAGCAAUUCAAGUGUCCCUGUCACAACUUAUAAGUGUGAAUGAAAGGGAACAGAUAAUGACUACAAAUGUCUGGCUUACCCAGGAGUGGAAUGAUUAUCGUUUGGUGUGGGACCCCCAGGAGUAUGAUGGUAUUAAAAAACUCAGAAUACCUUCACAACACAUCUGGCUUCCUGACAUUGUUCUCUAUAAUAAUGCUGAUGGAACCUAUGAAGUUUCUUUUUAUUGUAACGCUGUGGUGUCACACAAUGGGGACGUCUUUUGGCUUCCGCCGGCAAUUUACAAGAGCGCGUGUAAGAUCGAAGUGAAGCAUUUUCCUUUUGACCAACAAAACUGUACGAUGAAGUUUCGCUCCUGGACUUAUGACCAUUCUGAAAUUGACCUCAUUCUAACCAGUGAUUUUGCAAGCCGAGAUGACUUCACUCCAAGCGGUGAAUGGGAUAUCGUUUCUCUGCCUGGAAGAAAAAAUGAGAAUCCUGAUGACCCCACCUACGUAGAUAUAACUUAUGAUUUUAUUAUUAAACGGAAGCCUCUGUUUUACACUAUCAACUUAAUCAUUCCAUGUGUGCUCAUUACUUCUUUAGCAAUUUUAGUAUUUUAUCUUCCCUCGGACUGUGGAGAGAAAAUGACUCUCUGUAUUUCAGUACUUCUUGCUUUAACUGUGUUUUUGCUGCUAAUUUCAAAGAUUGUCCCACCAACAUCACUAGAUGUUCCACUGAUUGGUAAAUACUUAAUGUUCACUAUGGUUCUGGUCACUUUCUCUAUCGUCACCAGUGUCUGCGUCCUGAAUGUCCACCAUCGAUCACCAAGCACGCAUACAAUGCCAGACUGGGUAAAGAAAGUUUUCCUCGAAAAGUUGCCUGCGUUGUUAUUCAUGAAGCGGCCAGACAGUACAAGCAUGAGAGAGAGAUUGCGAAGAAGACAGCUGAAAUCAUUUCCUGAUCUUAAAGGUGGCAAAUGUGAUGUUGACUCGUUCUAUGUCAAUGAAGACAGUGCCAAAAAAUAUGGCUGGAAAAUUAGUGAUUUACCCGAUAACCUGGAGUUCAGAAGGAGAAUGACCAUCAAGUGCAACCCCGAUAUCGAGGAGGCUGUGGAAGGAGUACGGUUUAUUGCUGAACAUAUGAAAUCCGAGGAUGAUGACCAAAGUAUCACCGAAGACUGGAAAUAUGUGGCCAUGGUUAUCGACCGCCUUUUUUUGUGGAUAUUUGUCAUUGUCUGUGUAGUCGGAACAGUGGGACUUUUUCUGCAGCCUUUGUUUCAGAACUACAACACUCCAAAUAUGGCGAAUGACGAAUGAGAGCUUCCACCACUUGUCGCAACACUGUAAGCAGAUGCCAGUUCCAAAGUUUACAAAAGAUCACGAGCUCAGAAGCAACUCAGGACUUCUUAAGAUAGCACUGUAGAAUUUUUUUUUUUUGUUUUAUUAAAAUAAAGAGCAAAUCAGUUGAAUCACACGGAUCAGAUUACAUCGACUACAUUGUUUAUGCUGUAACUAGCAUGUAACAGUGUCAUGGUUUGUGGAAUUAAAUGACAAUAAAGAUUGGAUUUGCUGAA